UACUGUAAGGGUACUGUAGGAUUUGGAACUUACCGGAAGUGUUUCAGUAGCCGGAAAUGACGCAAUCUGUUUGCCGUCGUUGCUAACGGAAAGAGGAGAAGCUGCUUUGCUUUAGCUAACAUUCCUCUUACCCGCUCAACAUUUAAACACGAAUACUUUAUACUCGACUGUAAUGCUUUGACCGAACCGUCAACGCCACCUAACCCCGCACGAGGCGUACACCGGUAUUUUCAGACCGACGGAGCGGCUAUCGAGCCACCGAGUGUCGGGACAAUGUCUAGCCGACUGGCCUUCCAGACCCAGCUGGCCUCCAUCAUGGAGGUGCUGGCUAACGCAGCAGUGGCGGAGAUAUGCAAGCUCAUGGACGACGACUACGCGGUGGUGAGUUUACAGAUGUCUCAGUGUCAGCGAGAGAACAAAUCCCUGAAGAGGAAGCUGCAUUUGCUGGAGCUGAAGAUGGCCCGGGGAAACGCCGAGCGGAGGCUCCGGGAGAGUGCCAUGAACGGCAGCCGAGCGAGGGUGCAGAUCCAAUGCGGCGACAGGCUCCGGGAGUCGUCGCCUACCCCCGUUGGUGUCUUUGAGCAACGGAUGGCCGUGGCCCUGUGGUCUGGUAGAGCUGCUGCAGGGGGCGCACACAACGAGCCCAUCCAUUCCGACAGCAUCCAGAGUAAGUCUCCAGACGUGGAACUGGUGGAGCCAGACGCAGUGAUGGUGAAGGAGGAGAUGGUGGAGGCCAACAUGUCACGGGUCGAUAUAAUGGUGGAGGACGUGCCGAUGAUCGGAGAUGAUGGAGUGGUAGAGUGUGUCCCUCGAGGACCCGCAGGACAGAGACCCAGCCUCGAACUGCAGGACACCCAGUCCACUUCCAGUCAGUCCCAGAACCAGAGCAGCAGGAUGAGACGCACCGGCAGCAGCAGAGGAGUGGAGAGGGAGGAGGAGCCGCUUGUGGUGCUGGUGAAGCUGGAGGAGGUGGAGCCGGCGAUGGGGGCCCAGAGCCAGACCGGCCUCAGCAUACAAGAGGGGUUGGUGGAGUCGAGCACCGAUGACUACAGAGGGAUCUUGCCAUUCGAUGAAAUCACACAAACGGCCACCAAUCAGCUGUGUGACCUCCAGGAGUCUGGGCCGGGCUUUUCAGAGUCUGCAGCGCCUCAGGCGGCGGCCGUGGUGUCGCCGGACCCCGGCAGCACAGUGGCAGUCCAGCUGAGGGUACCGGACACCAACACGCCAGCCAGCCCCAAAACACAAGACCAGCGGAGAUCCGACCACUCGGAGUACUCUCUGUUUGAGCUGGAGACAUUCUUCACCCGCUGGGCUCCUGACAGCGACCCCAUGUCGGCCCGCAGUGGCCCUUCCUGUCCGUUCACCAUUGGUGACUCAGCAGAGGGCGACCUGGAUGGGGUCAUUAUCGUGGAGGCCCAACCGCCACCCCAGUCCGUGGUCCCGCCCCCACAAGGCCCGGUGUCCACGGCGGUGAGGAUGGGCAGAGGCCAGAGUUACUCCUCCGGUCCGAUCCAGUCCCAGGAGACUUCAGUGUCCGUACCUGUGUCGAUGCGCGCUCCGUCUUCCCAGCCUCCGUGGAGCAAAAAGACAGUCAUGAUAAGAAGUGCUCAGCAGCUGCAGCAUCUGCAGCAUCGUGACAGCAACAGGAUCUCUCAGCACAGCGUUCCCUCUGCACAGACCACACCCACAGACGGCGUUGGCAACGCCCACAAAGCAAGCAUCUCUAGUUUUAGUUCAAUCGGUAAGCCCACGAGCGCCACGGCGGCUCCGUCGUUCAGGGGACCCGCAGCGGCGUUGGCCGGCAUUGAGGUGGCCAUCGCCGCACGCCACCGCGCCAGCCUUCUGGCGUGCCACAACAAAAGCCUGACGGACAGCGAUGCGUCCUGCGAGCGGCGUAGGAGGAGCUACAUGUGCCGAGCGUGCGGCAAGGCUUUCUCCGGCCUCUCCAAUCUGGAGGCCCACGAGAGGGUCCACACGGGGGAGAAACCCUUCCGCUGUGACUUCUGCGGGAAGCGCUUCUCGGAGGCCGGCAACCUGAAGAAGCACCAGAGGGUCCACACCGGGGAGAAACCCUUCCGCUGUGACCAGUGUGGGAAGAGGUUCGCCUGGAUCUGCAAUCUGAGGACGCACCAGCAGUCCGCCACGGGCUGCGGACAACAGGCCGUGGGAAGCCUCGGGCUGGGCUGAUCACGGAGGAGAUAGACUGGGGGGUGAAGCGGUUACCAUAUUUAUUUACUCCGUCUCUCAUACUUCCCAGAUCUUUGUGUCUUUGAUACGUGAUGAAAACACUGGACAACGAGGAGCCCUCAGUGAUAAAAAAAAAGACCAAACCAGUGUUUUUCAUUGGCUACAAAUCAUUCCCACUAAAUGUAACACAACAUGACCUACUUUGUGUGAACUGGGGGGGUCGUGCCAGCUACUGCUUUAAUGCAGUUUGAGGUGUAAGCCAGCACUGCAACACCACUCAUCAUUGAGCUAGCCGACGGCAACAUCUGCCACCUCACCACUUUACAAGUGUCCUCAAGUUGUUUUCAAUGCUUUAAAGAAAUACAUUGACAUUAAAAGCUGCCUGGAUUUUUGGAGAAAGCACAUCAAAAAUUUUAAAACAAAUCCAGCAGACUAUGAUAUGAUAAUUGUUGGUAGUGAUGUCAUAUUUGUUAAAUGGGCUUAGAUGUCAUCUGGUCUCCUUAAACCCUCUGAAGUAGUUUUGGGGCGUUUUUAUUUUGCUCCCGUCACAUUUACUCUCAUUUACUUUUUUACUGCAACAUCAAAGUCCUGCCCCUCUAUGGAAACAUUACAGUCACGGCUAUAACCGGAGAGAACUCAAAAAUGUCUUUAGUUACACAGUUACCAUGCCAUAAGUCAUAAACAAGAAGAAGAAAAAAGGCACGUUGAAUUUCCUUGAUAAUUUAUCUUACAAAAAUUGUAAAACACUGGAAUCUAUAUCAUAUUAUUCUCCAAGUGCCCCUCUCAAAAAGAGUCUCUACAUGCUAUAUUCAUUUAACUAUGUACAUGUUUACAUGUUUACAGCCUCCUCUCUGCUCAGCAGCCUGCAGUUCAGUUUCAUGGAAUAUUUGUCACGUGACUGUUCGUCUCAGGCGAAUCAAUCAUGGUUCCACAGAAUUUUAAAUACAUAUUUUUGUCCUUUCUUUUACAGUAUCUAGUGAAAGCAAAAGGUUUAAUAUUAAUUAUGACAUUGAAUAAACGUAUAAUAAAAUGUUUUUUAUGAAAUAUCA